AGCAGCAGCGAUCGUGCACGCCUCGGCUGCGAUCGCAGCGGCGCUAACGUGAGCGCCCGCUGCCGCCCUCGCCACCCGUCUGCCCACUCCCGCUGCCGCCGGGCUCUCGCUUUCUCUCCGGCCUCUCCUUGGCCCUUCCCCUCCCCCUUCCCGGCACACUCGGAGGGCUGAGAACGAGCUGCCAUGUGAUGCGCGUCCUCUCCUCGAGCUUUCGGUGACCCCCGAACCGCCCACCGCGCCGGCCGCCGGGAGGGGACUGCAGUUUGGAAGACGCGGGGAAGAGGAGGCGGAAAAGGACGCAAAGUUCUCUGACCAGUGCAGCUGUCUGCUUCGAGAAGUGAGGACUACAGGAACAAGGAGAAUCCUUAAGAACAGCUUCGCAUUGUGACAUGUCUGAUCCCUCACUUCAGUCCCUGCAGCAUGAACAAGGUGGACACUCACUAACCCGUCACAAGGUUGCCCCACAAAGCUUUGGGGUCCAUGUCUGAAUGGAUUGCUGUAGCCUUCUCAUCUCUCCCUUCGCCCGGUUCCCUGCAUCCUAAGACUCCAAGCCAGCACAGGACCUGGAAAAAUUACAUGGUGUGAACGGCAUGUCUGUGGAUGAGAAGCCUGACUCCCCCAUGUAUGUGUAUGAGUCCACAGUCCACUGCACCAACAUCCUCCUGGGCCUCAAUGACCAGCGGAAAAAGGAUAUUCUUUGUGACGUGACUCUGAUCGUGGAGAGGAAGGAGUUCCGGGCCCACCGGGCUGUGCUGGCUGCAUGCAGUGAAUACUUCUGGCAGGCGCUGGUCGGACAGACGAAAAAUGACUUGGUGGUCAGCUUGCCUGAGGAGGUCACGGCCAGGGGCUUUGGGCCGCUGUUGCAGUUUGCCUACACGGCUAAACUGCUACUCAGCAGAGAAAACAUCCGCGAGGUUAUCCGCUGUGCCGAGUUCCUGCGCAUGCACAACCUGGAGGACUCCUGCUUCAGCUUCCUGCAGACCCAGCUCCUGAACAGCGACGAUGGCCUGUUCGUGUGCCGGAAGGAUACGGCGUGCCCGCGUCCGCACGAGGACCGUGAGAACUCCGCGGGAGAGGAGGAGGACGAAGAGGAGGAGACCAUGGAUUCAGAGACGGCCAAGAUGGCUUGCCCCAGGGACCAGAUGCUUCCAGACCCCAAUAACUUUGAGACCACCGCCAUCCCAGUAGCAGAGAAGGAAGACGCUGUGCUGCCCGAGUCCGACGGGCCGACGGACACCAAGGAGAGCUCCGAAAAGGACGCGUUAAUGCAGUACCCCCGAUACAAGAAAUACCAGCUUGCAUGUACCAAGAAUGUCUAUAAUGCAUCAUCACACAGUACCUCAGGUUUUGCAAGCACUUUCAGUGAAGAUAACUCUGGCAACAGCCUCAAGCCGGGGCUUGCCAUGGGGCAGAUAAAAAGUGAGCCGCCCAGUGAAGAGAACGAGGAAGAGAGCAUCACGCUCUGCCUGUCCGGGGAUGAGCCGGACAUCAAGGACAGAGCCGGGGAUUUCGAGAUGGACCGCAAACAGCCCAGCCCCGCCCCCGCCCCCGCCCCAGCCGCCGGGGCCGCCUGCCUGGAGCGAUCCAGGAUCGUGUCCUCUCCCUCCUGCUUAAGGUCUCUAUUCAGCAUAACAAAAAGUGCGGAGCUGUCUGGCUUGCCCAGUACAUCUCAGCAGCACUUUGCCAGGAGUUCUGCGUGCUCUUUUGACAAGGGCAUCACUCAGGGUGACCUUAAAACUGACUAUGCCCCUUUCACGGGGAAUUAUGGACAGGCCCACAUGGGCCAGAAGGACACGUCCAACUUCACGAUGGGGUCGCCCCUCAAGGGGCCUGGGAUGGAGGCUCUCUGUAAACAGGAAGGAGAGCUGGACCGGAGAAGUGUGAUCUUCUCCUCCAGCGCUUGUGACCAAGUGAGCACUUCGGUGCACUCGUAUCCUGGGGUAAGCAGUUUGGACAAAGACCUCGCUGAGCCGGUGCCAAAGGGUCUGUGGGUGGGGGCAGGCCAGUCCCUCCCCAGCUCACAGGCCUACUCCCACGGUGGGCUGAUGGCUGACCACUUGCCAGGAAGGAUGCGGCCCAACACUAGCUGCCCGGUGCCAAUCAAGGUCUGCCCUCGCUCUCCCCCCUUGGAGACCAGGACCAGGACUUCCAGCUCAUGCUCCUCCUAUUCCUACGCAGAGGAUGGGAGCGGGGGCUCACCCUGCAGCCUCCCUCUCUGUGAGUUCUCCUCCUCGCCCUGUUCCCAGGGAGCCAGAUUCCUUGCCACAGAACAUCAGGAACCAGGCCUGAUGGGAGAUGGAAUGUACAACCAAGUCCGACCCCAAAUUAAAUGUGAGCAGUCUUACGGAACCAACUCCAGCGACGAAUCCGGAUCAUUCUCGGAAGCAGACAGUGAGUCGUGUCCUGUGCAGGACAGGGGCCAGGAGGUCAAACUUCCCUUUCCUGUAGAUCAAAUCACAGACCUUCCGAGGAACGAUUUCCAGAUGAUGAUUAAGAUGCACAAGCUAACCUCAGAACAGUUGGAGUAUAUCCACGACGUCCGACGGCGCAGCAAGAACCGCAUCGCAGCCCAGCGCUGCCGCAAAAGGAAGCUGGACUGUAUUCAGAAUUUAGAAUGUGAAAUCCGCAAACUGGUAUGUGAGAAAGAGAAGCUGUUGUCAGAGAGGAAUCAGCUGAAAGCGUGCAUGGGGGAACUGCUGGACAACUUCUCCUGCCUUUCCCAGGAAGUCUGUCGAGACAUCCAGAGCCCAGAGCAGAUCCAGGCCCUGCAUCGGUACUGCCCUGUCCUCAGACCCAUGGGUCUCCCCACAGCCUCCAGUAUUAACCCUGCGCCCUUAGGCGUCGAGCAGAACCUUGCCGCCCCGCAGUGUGCAGUGGGGGAAAAUGUGCCCUGCUGCUUGGAGCAGGGUGCAGCUCCACCCGGGCCCCCCUGGACCCCCAGCAACACCUCAGAGAAUUGUACUUCCGCUAGGAGGCUGGAAGGCACUGACCCAGGAAACUUCUCAGAUAGAGGGCCUCCUCUUGAACCCAGGAGCCAAACGGUGACGGUGGACUUCUGCCAGGAAAUGACUGAUAAGUGCACGACUGACGAACAGCCCAGGAAAGACUACACCUAGUGACUCGGCCUGCCUCCCAGUCCUCACACCUCUCCCACCCAGGUGUUCUUCGGUCGGCCCGUGGCGCAGUCCGUCUGUUGUCUGGAAGAACCGAGAAGGAAUUUGGUGCACACUACAGAGGUCUUAGCAGCAAUACUGUUUCUAAGUAUUCCCUCCGCUCUUCAAGCAGGAGUGAUCUAUAGUUACCUUCGCAAUGGUGCUACCCCUUGCCCUGGCAAGGAAAGACAGCAGUGGUGACACUGUUUGUCUGUGGGUUAAUUUCAAUCUUAACAGGGAUAGACUAUAACACCUCUAGGACCCAACCACGGAUUUUUUUCUCAGUGGCCCAUGUCACAAACCCUAUCUCAGGAAUUUCUUCUGAAUGUUCAAUUUUUUUCAUUGAAGACAGCUUCUAUACACAUCAAAGUUUUAUAGCUAGACUGUACAUACUAUAUAUAAUAUAUAUAUAUAAAAUAUAUAUAUCUCCAUAUGCAAAAGUCCUGCAUGCCUCGGUUUUCUCAUUCUAAAACUGGAAACUUCAUUUCUCAUUUACAAACAGGUUCCAACAUUCCUCUUCUUUUGUCUCUGAUGUUAGAGCUAGUUUGAGAACUGUUAACAUGGUCAUUUUUCUUGCUUCACAGUUCAACUUCAAUUCGUACUUAUUUAUGGACAAAAUUCAAUGUUGGAAGCUUUUUUUAAGGUUUUAUUUUGGAAGACCUUUUUUUGUUUGGUUUGGUUUUGGCACCGUCGGAUGGUGUCAUUUGCGUAUUGUGGGUUUGUUUGUUUGUUUCUUGCAGAUACUGUACAGAAAUGGUCAACUUUGCCACUUGCACUGAGUUUUGGGUCAAACCUAUUUUCUUAAAUGAAGUUGUAACUUCAGUGUAACUCAAGUAUACUGUAUAUUCUUUGCUUUUAGUUAAAAAGUAAAACAUUUUAGCUAAUUAAAAACCACUCAGGUGAUAAUUAUGUAGGACAAACAAUCUUGCCAAAUAACGAAUUCAUCCUAGGAUGACAAUAAUCUGCUUGAAUAUUUUUAUAUUUCACCUCCUCCCCACCUUUCCCUAAGCAAAGCUGAAAUGCAGAUAGAGAGUUCAGAGUUGAUGGUGAAUGUUCAGAUUCCUAAGUGGGGAGAGAGUUUGGGCAUCUCACUCGAAAGUGCAUCAAAACAGUAGGAAUCCAUGACUUUAUACCAGAACUCAGCAGGCAUUGGCUCCUAGAAAUCAAGUUAGAACUGCUUUCUCACCCAGGGGUAAGUCCGAUUCAUUUCCACACUUCAUCAGGCCUCACUUGCUCCUGGACGUGUAGUGCAGUUAAGACCUUCUCCUUCGAAGGAUUUGGCUGACCAGCCACCCCAACUUCCCUGCCCAGGACAGGCCUCUCAGGAGAUCUCACCUGAGGAGACCUGAACCCGAGCCCCGGGCUCCUGCCUGUAACUGGCGGUCCUGGGUUUAAUGCAACUCACCCAGUCGGAGAGAGCAGGGCAGAUGUGAGCCUGAGGUCUGUCCCUGACGCAGGCGAGAGCAUUUCUUUCUCCCUUCCUUCUCCAAAUUCUUUGAGUUGAAUUCUGAGGCUUUCUGCCAGCCAGUUUCUUGUCUGAACGCAGAUUUCAUUUUGAGGCUUUGGACAUGACAUGGCCAGGAGCCUUCCCUGCCCCCGCCCCCACCACACACACACACACGCACACCUACCCUCACCUGUUGAUAAUUUUCUUUUGCUGCAAAACUGAUUGGCUUGUAACCCACAGAGAGCAGCUUCCCUUGGCUCUGGGGGCCUGUUGACCCCUGGCCAUGUUUACAAGAAGGUGUGCGGAGAUCCCACAGCCAGCCUCAGAGGAGGAGGAAUCAGCUCCCUCACUCCCUCCAGCGGGCCCUCCAGCCUGGCUGUGGGAAGAGUCCCUAAGGGUUUGAUGUGGGGAUGGGGUGGUGGGCAGUGGGGACUAGAUGGUUGACUUUGUUUCUUUAUUUGUGCCAUUGUUUGGACAAUAUUAAAGCUGCAUGUAAAAGGGGGAAUUAGUACAUGAUGUAGGCGAAAAGUGAAAUCAUAGUAACAUAUGUUUUAGUAUUAUUAACUUUUUUCUGUACAAAUAUUAGCGCUAAAUGUUUAAAUAUGUAUGAAUGCCAGAAAUUUGUUGGUUCAUGCGGUAGGGUUAAAAAGAAAAAAAAAGGCUUUUCUUUUAAACUAGUUCCACUUUUAAAACCUGCCUCUGGGUUUUCAGUUUUUUCUCAUGUGUGUGUAUGUGUGUGUGCUUGUCUUGAGACAGAUUUUUUGAUAGAGCUCUGUGUUGGAGCUACCGUUCUUAUUACGGUUGGAACUUCUUGGCCUAGAAGACCAGUUCUGUGCUUCACCGUGAGGUUUGCCUUUGUGGAAAACUGGUGAUAGCUCGAAUUUAAGCUCAAUGUGACUCACGUGAUCCAUCACAGGUAUGUGUUAUGGUGGAGUCAGCCAACAGUAUUUUGUUUUUUAACUCUCUUGUUGCCUUUUUUAAGUGACCUCCUCUUCUUUAAAAAAAAAAAAAAAAAAAGGAAUGUUAUCAUAACCAGGCCCACAACAACUUGGCAUGAUUUACCCUGGUAACAACUCAUGUGCAACUGGCAGUCUUGGCCACAUUCCGUCCAUCCCCAUUUCUGGGCGGGGAGGGGGUCUCUUUCUCUCCACCCUAACUCAGCCCACAUCCUCCUCCUGCCAACCCCCACCUCACUUUUAUUCCCUUCCUCCUUUAUUAACCCAACCCCUGCCAUGGGAACCGGUUAAAAACACUGCUUGAAAAACUGUCUUUUGAUGUCUUAGAGAUUUUUAACAAGUUGUUGAAACUUUGUUCACUAUCCACCGUGAACAGCAACUGGCUUUGUACAGUGUGACAUGUCUGUGUCUGUUACCACUCUAAACCAUGUGUUUGUGAAAAUUAUUUCUGGGUUGAUUCAAAGGGAGGACUAGCAGGGGACCAGACUCCAAAUUGCCACGAGUGGAAUUUUAAAAACCAGCCUGUCUGGUUUUUAAAGGGAUCCCUGGGAUCCCUUAGUGAAGCCCUGUCUUUUAUGAAAAGGAAAAGCAAGUUAAUAGCAACGAAUAGUUUGCACAGCAUGGUGAAAUUUAGUUGUGAUAUUUGGGGGUCUUCCUUACAAAAAUAAAAGACCUUCCAGCCAUAGACUGUUUAGGAGGAUCCUAGCAAUGGCCAAGUUGGGUUUCUAAAUAUCUGGGGCAGACAUGGCUUGUCGGGGCAGGGACAGCGUUGGUGGCCCUACUUAACAUCCGCCUGAACCUAGUCCUCCCCUUGGACCUACUUUUGUUCUACUUGUGUCUCCAGACGACCUCACUUCAUUCAGGUUGUUCAGGCUUUGGGCAGGUGAGUGCUUUGGUGUAUGUGUUUGUUUCUCUGCGUUAUCUGGGGGUGCCUUGAAUAAUCGAACUUCAUUACUUACUGAUUCUGGAACAAAACAGUUGGGGAAAAGAAAAAGAGCUGGCAAAGUUACUAGGCUGUCCUGCUACUUCCCUUCCUGGUUCCCUAACAAUGACUCAGGCGUCAGAGGUGAUGCUGCAGUAGAAAAUGUUAUUUUGUUUAUUGUACAAGUAAUUUAUUAAGUGUCUUUCUAAAGGUAUGCUGCUUUUAAGAUGACUAUGAUUUUGGAUUUAAUCCUUGUAUUGCUUUCCUAAGGAAGUAAAAAAAAAAAAAAAGAAAACAGGCUAGUGAUUAG